AUGGAAAACAUAUUAUUUUUGGCAAUUGAUAAAAAAUAAUAAUCAAACUUAAAAUCAGAAGAGUAUUAAAAAUGUUAAAGAUAAAUAACAGAAUUCAGAAAAUAAUUUAUUGAUCAUAUGGCAAAGACAUUGAAUUUAAAUUAGAAAUCUAUUUAAAACAUAAAUUCUUAAAUGUACACCAAAUAAACCGAAUAAAUAAUGAAAAAGUAUAAUCAUAUAAUUUAUUGA